GUGCCUCCACACAAGCAAGGGGGAGGGUGUGGAGUGCCAAUGAAGUUUUGGCCUUAUUAGAAAUAUGGAAAGAACAAAAAUUGCAGAACAAAUUAAAAAAGAAUUACAGAAAUUUGGAUAUUUUUAAGGAUGUAGCUGAUGAAAUGGCAAAGAAAAACCAUGUCAGAUCUGCAGAGGAAUGCAGAAGCAAAUCCAAAAAAAUGAGAUUUGAGUAUAGAAAGGUUGUGAAACAUAAUCAGAGAAGUGGAAGCAACCCUAUUACAUGUCCCUUUUAUAGGGAACUAGAGGAAAUCUUUCAUGGGGAUGUUAGCAUCACCCCUCAUAGGUUAUCCCGAAGUCUUCAUUUUGAAAGGGAGGGUGAAACCACAAAUGUGACUGAGGAAACCGCAUCCACCUCCAUGGCUAACACAGGCGAUGGAGGCACCCAGGAAACAACUACCAGACAAGACAGUGAUGAAGGCAAGUAGCCCAUCUGUAAUGCCUGAAGAUUUCUGCUAUGUGCGUGACAACAUUAUUAUUUUGUUAAAAUAACAAAUGCUUUACUCUUUUUUUCCCCUUGAAUUUUUCAGAUUCUGAUGACACUUGUCUCGAUGACACAAUCAUUAGUAUACCUUUCACCAUUUUGGAAAGUGGACCUACGCAAAUAGCAGGUAGUAAUAUAUAAAUUUAUGUCAAUUUCUGGAUCUGUGUUCUGUUAAUAAAUAUAGUGAACCUGUAUAUGUGUUCAAAAUAAAUAACGUUGGUGUUUCAUGCUACACUUUGAAGGUGCGACUGGAGAACAAUUGGGAGACUUGGAAAGACGUGCAGAUGAUACAAGCGGUGGAACCGAUGUACGUAACGAUCCCGAUGAGGAACAGGAACAACCCAAUGUAUUGCUGUCUCCUGGAACAAGACUGCGAUCAAACAGGAACAGGAAUCGUCGCGCCAGAAGAGGAGAACAUAUUGCGCGCACUAUAAUGCAGAGUGCUAGUCGAGAGGCCCAACUUACCCGGAGAACACAGGAACGGUUCAUGGAAAUUGUACACGACAGCAUGAAAGACUGUAGGAGGACAGAAAUGGAACUUGUAAAUAUUAUGAAGGAAGAUGUAAGGAGAAGUGCACAGGACAGACAGAGAAUGUUGCAGUACAUGGAGACCAUGACUGAACUGUACCGGAGGAAAGUAGAUCAUGAAUGUUCACUUCCAACGGGGCAACAUGUUACUAUCGCCCAAGGAACUAUGCACACAUCAUUCAGGGCAUCUCCGGGUGAUAUUCCUCCCUCAACACCAGGCCCAGCUGUCUGUACAGAUUUCCAGGAGCAACCAUCCACAUCGUAUGUUGGUGGGCAAUGUCAAGGGAACAAUUCCCCUGAACUCUUUGAUGAACUUCCUCCUGCUUAUGCUCCUGAUGGUUGUCCUGUCACUCCUACUAGUAACAUUAUAGAUGAUGACAACACAGUAGAGAACAUCAACAGGGAUGUUCAGAAUGUUGUGGAAGUCACUGAUCCCCUUCAGAAUGAAGGCUGCAUUGGAACCGUGCAAUGUGUGAGCAAUGCUGGAACAUCUUCCUUGCAAUGCGCAGUUGCACCUCAACAAAAACAAAAUAAACCAUGCAGUUCUCGUACUGGGAGGAUAAUCAAGAAAAAAAAAUUAUUUUCCCCAUAAGGGAAAACAUUUAUAGGGAAAAGGUUCUGUUUUGAAACCUCAGAUAUGUUUCAGCAUUCAAUGUUUACCCUGUUAUGUGCCCGAUAAAGAGGGACUUUAACCAUUUCUCCUUGAACCAAAUUAAAAUUUAGUUUUCAUGUUAAGGAAAACGUUUGUAUGUCACCAUGUGCAUAUGGAUAUGUUCUCACAUAAUGUAUAUACAGUUUAUAUAAAUGCCUGCUUUCUUUACAUAAUGGAAAACAAGUCAACAGACGGUUUUUUUUGUAAAGAAAAAAGAUAUUUAUUCGUGUUUAAAAAUGUUAAGUUAUAUUGUUGACAAAAUACAGCUGUGUUAUCUGAAAUUGGUCUGCCCUCCUUAAUAUACUUAAACAUUUCCACAGCAAUAGCAAUAUUAUACAGCAAUGGUUUCUAGAACAGCCUUCCUUUUGAUUUUAAAGUUUGGUAUUAUCCUUAAGGUCUUCACAGUCUAACAUUGCAAUGGUAGGGACCAUGAUGUAU